AAAUAAAAUAAUAAUAAUAAUAAUAAUAAUAAUAAUAAUAAUAAUAAUAAUAAUAAUGAAAUGAAAUAUAAAUAUAUAUUUCUCAGGCUGCUAUGAGUGAGUCUGGAUCAGAAGUGCCCUUAUUCCUGGGCCAUGCACAGUGCAGACAGGAUUGCUAAACCAGCCAAGGAGAGCUAUCACUGCCCCUUGAUUGUGACUCCAAGAGAAGCCCCUUAACUCUAGAGGGUUAAGACACUGGAGGCUGUCCCCCAUUGGAAGUGGGAGACUGGAAUAGUCUGAAAGAGAAGCAGGGGGACGCAGCUGGUUGCAGGCACCCCAGAACCUCUGAAAAUGGAGGCGCAGGACAUGGCCGGCUCCAAAUUGUGGCAGGGGAUGCAGGGGGAAGGAAAGAGAGCCCCGCAAGUGGUCCAUGUGGGGAGCACCGGGACGUUCCUGAGCAAGGAUCUCCCACCACAGAUUAAGCGGGAGCCAGAGGAGGGGUUGCAGCAGCAGCACUGGGAGACACAGUGGCAGCAGUUCUUGCAGAGCGUGCAGGCCCCAGACUCCAGAUCGCAGCCUCAUCCCGUCUCCGGAGAGGAGGCCAAGGAGAUCCAGGCCUCCUUCCAAGGUGUCGCCAAUGCCGGGCAGUGGCCGAGGGGUGGCUGGGUGACCCAGGCUGUGCCGGGCCUCGGCGGGGAAGCCCAGAAGGUCUACCGAAGCCUGGACUCCUUCAUGAAGAUGAAGGAGGAGGCCACGAGUGAGGGGGCCCUGCGGCCAGAGACACAGCGCCAGCGCUUCCGCCACUUCUGCUACCAGGAGGCCAAAGGGCCCCGCGAUGUUUGCCAAAGGCUCCGGGAGCUGUGCCGCCAGUGGCUGAAGCCGGAGAGGAACACCAAGGAGCAGAUCCUGGAGCUGGUGAUCCUGGAGCAGUUCCUGAUUAUCCUGCCCCUGGAGAUGCAGAGCUGGGUACGCGAGAGCAAGCCAGAGAGCUGUGCCCAGGCGGUGGCCCUGGCAGAAGGCUUCCUGUUGGGGCGGCAAAACGGCAAGAGAUGCGGGCAGCAGCUGCCAGUGCCUUUUGCGGAGGUGGCUGUGAAUUCCUCCAAAGUGGACCAGAUCCUGUCUGACACUUGGAACAAGCAGCUCUGCAGAAUAGCCAAGCAGGAUCAGAGCAAGGAGGAAAACCAACUCAGUAAUGCCGACGAGCAGGUGGGAGAUGACCUUCAUCACCAGGAAGGCUCCGACCAGGUGGAGCCGCACGAUGCGUCCAUGAGAAUCGGCUUGGUCUUCCAGAAUUACGAGGAGGGAACGGUGUUGUUGGGUCAGAAGGCGCUGGCAGGCCAGCAGGACCCCGAAAAUAGAACGGGUGGAGCGGUAGCCUGUUGGGAAGGCGGCUUCCGCAGGAAGGAACCCAAAGCCCAAGAUUGUGUGGAGGCGAAACCACACAGCGACACCAGCGGAAGCUUCUGGCCGAGCCAAGGCAUCCUUAAGCGGGAAGCGGUCGCCGGGGACGAGAAACCGUUCAAGUCCUCGGACUGCAGGGAGGCCUUUCCUCUGAGCCCAGGCCUCCUUGUCCCGCAUGAGAGGAGCCACGUGGGGGACAGGCGAUAUAAAUGCUCCGAGUGCGGGAAGAGUUUCAACCAGAAGCGGUACCUGGCGGGGCACCGGAGGAUCCAUCGAGGGGAGACGCCGUACAAAUGCUCAGACUGCGGGAGGAGCUUCAACCGGAAGUGGAACCUCAUUGCUCACAAGAGGAUCCACUCGGGGGAGAACCCGUACAAGUGCUCGGACUGUGGGAAAACAUUCAGCCAGAAGGGUAACCUUAUGACCCACGUGAGGAUCCACACGGGGGAGAAGCCCUACAAGUGCGCCGAGUGUGGGAAGCGCUUCAGCCAGAGGGCGGGCCUCACCUCACACAGGAAGAGCCACAUAAAAAUCAACAGCGUAGGGAAAGCCGCAUUGGGGUAUCUGAUUUUCCUAAACCUCAGCGAAUCUGGGCAAGAGGGGAGCCCCGUAGAAGCUUAG